AUGGCCGUCAUUCCCUUGUGCCUCCAAGUCAUCGGGGGAGAGUCUCAGAUGGGGCGCCCAACAGAGUCCCUCGUGCAGAGCCCUUCUACUUGUCUGUUCGGCGAAGAAUUCCAGGUUGCUCGGCUCACGUUCUGUCGAAGUGCUUGCGGUUCUCAUUUCCCAGUGCCUCACGUUUCUUUUCUUAUCUCUUCGAUGUGUUGUUCGUAUCUGAGUGAUGCAGGGCUAGUCGAAAGUCGAGGGCUACGAAAAGCAACGCCGAACUCUGCGAUGAGCUACGGGAGUUUAUACUGGUCGUGGGUCUUCCCGAGCACCACGUCCCUUCAACCAAAGAACUGUUGGAACAUGGAAGGUUGGGUUCUUGCAUAUUUCACUGACACCCCCGUCACCUUGUCACAGUACUGGUUUUGCUUCGCUUUCAACGUUAUCCUCUGUCAACCAGAACUGGAUAUAUGAUUACUGUGCGUAGUGAAGCAAUGAUAAUCACAUGCUUCUUCUGUUCGUCUGAUAAUAACCUAAUAAUAAAAAAUGUCUCGAUAUAUAUACCUUUUCGCCUUCAAAGUCUUCUCAGGACAACUGCCAAGUCUUCCCCUCCUCUGUGAGCCACAUGGUUCGAAAGCUCUCAAUACCAGGUGUCCUGUGGGAAAGGGAGUGCUAGUCUAAAAUGCUGCAGUUCGGAGGGAAACCAGGGCUGCAAGUGUGGAUUUCGCCGAUCAGGAACUGGACACUUCCAUUUUCGGUGUACCUUCCUUCAGUGAGAGUACCUAGGCGAAAUAGUUGGUCAUUUCAUCCUUCAGUAAAAGGUUAUAUACACUGACCCCAACGGAACUUCAAGGAGAACGAUCCAGACGGUCCUUUGGUGGACUAUCUAUCACAAUAAACUCAUCAAAAUGGGUGAGCCCUGGAAUCAACACUGUAGGAUCACCAUGAUCUAAAACUUGGUUAGUCUCUUUUCCAACAAAGUUUAGAUUACACUUAAGAGUCCUCUGAACAGCUAGUAAUUCUUUCUUAUUUAUGGCCUCCAAGCGGAGGCAUGCAAUCAGUCCACAACCCCUGAAAUCGUCACCAAAUGACGCCAUCAUUGCCAUCGUUUCUUAUUAUGCAAGAUUUUGUUCACCUUAACGUCCAUGUUUCUUAACUGCGUUAUGAUCAUUGGGUUGGGUUUUCACUUUGUGACGAUCUCCAGUUUCGCAACUCGGUGCUUGUGAAUUUCAAUCAUUAAGAUUUUACUCAGUCAGGAUUGUGUUUUCUCGUAAUUAUUUAUAGGAAGGAUCUGGCAAAUAUUGUGAGACGAAGAGGACACAGAGUAAUUGCGAAUCUUCUAACAAACCCAACAAAUGGAGACAUCGCCCCUGAAAUAGGUUCAACUGAUAGCAAGAUUUCUAGCAAGGCUUCUGAGGAGCAUUUUGUAGGUUUGUGAUUUUCUCUCUUUUUCAUUUUGCAACUAUCUGUUUUUGUAUGAUUCUGAUGAUCUUUUUGAUAGCUGUAUACUAUUACAGAAGAUCAAGGGGAUCAAGUCAUUCAGUAUGAUAUGCCAGGAGGUGUUUGUCUCUUUUCAAGUUGCUAUCUUACGAUCGAAAUUCACAAAUAUAUUUGCAGCGGUGUUUUAGACAUUAAGUCUGGCAUAUGAACUUAUUAACCCUUGGAAUCUUCUGCAGAGUCUCUGCACGAGUUGAGGGCAGGCUCUGACCAUAAUGGCGCAUUGGAAAAAAAUCGAGGUUUAGAGACUAAGUUUUUCUUUACUUAUGCUUCAUUAUAUUUUUUGGUUUUUUAUUUUUUAUAAUUAAGGUUUUUAAGGUUACCUAGGAGGGAUUGACUGGCCUACGUUGAGAUGACAAGCCGUGCCAAUAAUUGUUUUCUUUUUAAUUAUGUCUAGAGAUCAUUUUAAAUGUUGAUGUUGAACAUGUAGUGCACCAGAGAAAGGUGGGCUUGUAUUCAAAUAAUCUUAAAAGUGAAAUCUUGGAAAAAAACUCAGAACUAUUGAGAAAUGUCUUAGUUUAUCACAAAGCUAAGAACGAUAUCAAAAGUACCCCAGUUAUGUCUACAGCAUGAAUACGGACAAUUAAGUCCAAGAAUAAAAAUUGUGAAGGCUCUAGGUUUUGGAGUUUCAGCACCACAGUGUCGCCACCAGUUAACCAGAUGUUUAUAUGCGUAAGAAAAAUGUACGAUAUUUAAUAAUGUAAUUGAUGAGUAUUUUGAAAAUAUUAGACAUUUGCCUGGUUGUCUUCCAUGGUUUCUGAUUGCAACACGACUCGCAAAUAAACCUCUUGACCUAAUUUAAAAAUUCAUUUCUUCACUACUAUGGUCUUAAGUGUCUUCAUUUCGAGUCACCCUUUGCAAGCAAGCGAGAAAUACAGAUUCAAAAUUGAUGGCAUAUUCACACUUCUCAUGGCAGCACUUCACUGGAGUCAGAAAAAGGCCCGUUCUCAAAGUUCACAUCUUGUUUGAAACUUUUAUCGUAUGCCUCUUUUGAGUAUUUUUAAUUAUAACUCGGUGCGCUAUAUAAUUUUUGCUCACUACUAUGUUCGGAAUUAUACAUGCUACAUUGUAUCCUAACUUUCCUGCACAUAGUUCUCUUAUUUUGCUUCAAGCACGGUUAGAGGAGGAAUCUACAGUCAAUUUGUCAUUUGAAUCUACAUUAUAACUUUAAAAAAAAUAAAAUAAUUGUGCACUUCCGAAAUUGCAGAUACUCUGGAAGGGGAAGAGACGCCCAUUUAUAAGUAUGAACCCUUGUCUGGGAUAAGCUACGUAAAUGAUGCGGAAGGUAAGAAUUUUCUUUUUUGAGUUUAUUUUCUUUGCUAACUUCUUCUUUUUGAGAGUGUUGUGAUAUAUAUGCCCAUUAUGUUUUGCAUGUGACACAGGUGCUGAUUCCCAGCUAUCUUUUCCAUAUCUGAAGGAACAAUAUACCGUCAGGUUCAUCAAUGGCAUCUUUUCUAUUGUCGAUGACUUAGAACUUUUCUUUACAAGAAAAAAGUGAAGUUAAUGUGUUUUUUAUUUAAGUUGCUUUAGUCCUCAUGGAAGAUCAUCUAAUUAAGGAAGACCAUUAAUGAACAGUUAAAAAAAUAUAGGAAAUAGAUUUGCAUGUUUUAAUCUUCAUGGGAUUCAUUCGUUGUCCUAGUCUCUUUAAUAUUUCAAGAUUAAUUUUAUGCACAUUAAAAUAACAUUUUUUUAGCAUGUUUUAAGGUUAAUUGAUUUUAGGCCCAUGAUAGGUUAGUUUGUCAAUUUUUUACCAUUGACUUUUUGUCACUGGAAACUUUCUUGAUGGUUUGCACUUAGUGUGCCUAGUGUGGCUGGUGUUGGAAGGAGUACAUCUUCUGUGUCGUGAAGUUUCUGGGGACAAAAGGUAGAAAGGAAAAGGGGUCACUUGUGAAUCAUGAGUCGAGCCUACAAAUAACCCUAUCUUCAUGCCUUUUGCUUUAUUAUUUUAUAUUUUUUGUAUUUUUAUGCGUAAUUGAUCGUUUCAUAUUAAAAACCGCAACAUUUGCAGUACACAUUGAUUCUAGCAUCAAAUCUACAGGAAUUUUCCUUUUUAUCCGUUGGGAAGGAUUUCUGUUUUUCAAGGUGAAACAAGCUCAUUAGCCUGUAACAGUAGGAGUACAAUUUAUCGAGAGUGUAAUUCUGUCUCAUUUGUGUAAUAAUGCAUCAUUUUAUGGUUGGGAAAUCCAUAUACCAGUAUUGUUUGUCCUUGGAGCUCUAAAAUUAACUUAUAUAGAAGUUGCUGACAGAUUUUGGUGCAUGGACCAUAUAUAAGGUGGCAUCUAUUUAACAACCCUUCUUGUGUAGGUUCCUUGUUAGAGAUUUUCUCAUUUAUUAUUUGUCCUUUGGUAGUUUAUUCCCUUUGUUUAAAUGCAUAUUAAUCAUAAUUCUGUACUUUGCCCAGUUGUGGUUUCAUCCUAGAUAAAUCGAUCAAAAUAGUUCGAGCCAACAGAACAAGGUUUUCCUUGUCUGUGCGCAACUCCUCUCCAGAGGGCUCAACUAUGCAAAGGCUUUCAAGUUUAGGUUUUCAUCUAUCUGUCCAUCUGAACCAAAAAGUUUUCAUAAUAUUGAAGCCUACGGUUUAUUGACAUUAUUGUCAAUGUGAAGGAGCCUAAAAAGUUAGAUUGACCAUGAAAGUUGGAGUAAGAGUAGUAAAUAUCUUCAAGUUUAAAUGCAUUGGCACAUUAUACUCAUUAACGAUUGUUCUUAUAUUGAAUUUCUUGAUAAAUUUAUAUGAUAUCAUAAUAUGGAGAAUGACCAUCCACUAUAUAGAUGCUCUGACGAAAACAAAAUUAGGUGUAGCAAGUUAUCUCUAAUGUGGCCGACGUUAAAUGAGGUUGGGCAACUAGAUGACUGAGGGCAAUGUUCAGACUAGCAAUAUAUGGACGCAGACUAGCAAGAAAUAAACUAUAUAUCAAGUGCCAAACAGGAUGCUAAGCUGUAGUACAGGAUGAACAUACUUCCUGUUCAAAAUUCUCCAUUAAGCCAUCCGCCACAUGCAUUGAUCUUUGAAAUUGUGACUUCAAGACCGCUAUGAAUCAUCUAAAUAACUCUUGUAGUUUGUAAUGACAAAAUCGCAUGCGGGUUGAUUGUCCUUUGAUCCUAAUACAGAAGACACGCAUUGUAGAACUAUGCAUUUCCCAUGUUUGAUCUGGAGGUAAGGUGACAGACAUCUUGAGGAAAGACUCAAUUUUUUCUCACGUUCUUGAAGCAUGGCACUAAAAAACAUAUAGACAUUAAAAGUACCUUCUGCAGAUAGAAGUUAGAUCGUGGAAAGUCGUGCAUAUGCUGCAGGAGCUUAGGAAGCAGAUAUCUUCAGUAAAGAUGUUUAAGAAAUCUUUUCACAUCACCGGUAAACAGGAUAUACCAGUGCUUGGCUUGAGGUGGAGGGUUGAGAGAUAUGUGCUGUUGGGUAUCGGAUCCAAUGUUGCACAGAUCUGAUUUUUUUAUUUUUUUUUAUUUUUUUUAUUGCGCUGCUGCUUGUUAAAGCUCUUCUUAUUCGGUUUUUUUUUCCUUUGGUAACUACUGCUCCUAAUCAGGGUUCUGCUCCAUAUAAACUCAGAAGUUUAUGGAGGCUUGAAUGUGGAAAGAGCUUUUUAUAGUCCGUCCUUCUUCUGUUUCUCAAUAAACUCCACCAAUAUUGAUAACCUAUUCAUAGGAAACGUCGUAGUCAAAAAGAGAAGGUGUUAGCAUAGAAGUUUUAGAGGCUCGCACAGGCUGUUCAUUAUAUUUUCUCUGUUAUUCGAACUAAUCUUUUUUUUUUUUUGGUAGACUACAGUUCUUAUGAUGCACUGUCAUAUUUAAGUUAUCACCAUCAUUUUCAAUUGCAUGGUGCUACUUGUCAGAUUUUAUUUUUUUCGUAUGUUUUAAUGGCACAUGCAUCGUGUCUGAUUUUGGAGUUUCUAAUACAGAUUAUUACCUUUACUUACAGAGAGGAUGCGGCAUCUGAAGAAAUUCUGGACAACUCUGACUUCGAUGAAAAUACUUCCUCUGACCUGGUUGAUGGAUGUCUUCUGUGGAUUACGUACUAUUUGAUUACCACGUGAUUUGUGCUUUUUUAAAAUCCUUUUUUUCUUAUAUGAAGGCCGAGGAAGUAGAAAACCAAGCGGAAAUCGAUCACCUAAGAGAACUACUGGUAUAACGAUUUCUUGUCCUUUUUUAGUUUCGUAGUAUUCAUUACUGCGCAAUUCGUUUUUUUCCAUAUGAUCAGUACUUCACACGCAUUUGGACUAUAAAUGAAUCCAGCGCAAAAAAGAAUUGGAGCUGUCACUCUUAAAGCAACAGUUGGAAGAAGAAAAGGUAUAUUUUUCCUUGUUUUACAUCUGCCAUUGUAGAACGUAUCUUUUUCCAUAAAAAGAGUUGUAGCUCCUCAAGACAAUGAGGAUUAUUUUUCUGAGGUCUGCUUGAGGCGGGCACCAUGAUCUCUUUGCUGUGAAUGCACAUUCUUUCUUAUAUUUUACCCUAAACUUUGGUGCCAACCUUCUUUUGUUGUGCCAGGAUUGUGCAAUCCUGAUAUGCCCACAACGCCGUAGGGUGAUGACUCACUAGAAAGGCUGAAAGACUUGUGUCUGAGCAUUCAAAAUAGAGUUUAACGUAAUAUAUAAAUUGAAAAUCAGCGUUGUGGUUAAACUGUGCAUAUAAAAAAUGAAGCUAUCUUAAAAAUUAUUUAGCUAAUCACAAAAAUCGUGUGGAAUAGCAACUAUAUCCAGUAAAGGAACCCAUAUCAGUUGUUAUUUAUCAGGAAAUCCAGUGGAACUGUAUGGCCGUAUAUGGACGACUGAAAAAAUGGAUUACCAUCAUUUUGCUUAGCUCGCUUCAAUGAUGCCAAAAAAAUCAAAUUGGGCUGAAGAUUUUUGCUUGGGCCCUACCUCAUUGUGCCUAAAAACUGUUGGCUUAACUGUUUUCUCUGCAGUUUUCGUUGUCCGUCAUGCAGAAUAAGGCCCACUCAGAGCUCAGCAAAGUACAGGAUAUUAUCUCAACUAAAAAUGAAGAACUACAGGCGGCCGAGGAAAGCCUUUCCGGGUUAAAAGAGGUAUCUCAUUCAUCCUUCAACCGGAUGUAAAUGGGUCAUUUUUCCCGUUAUCGUAUUUUCCCUUCACAAGUCUGUUCUAUUGCUAGUAUUCGCUUGUAGUUAUUGAUAUUUGAUGCUUUAUGUUUCUGUAUUGCCGUAGGUCACACUCGAAUACUGGGGAAAUGGCGAAACUGUAGAGGUUACUGGUAGCUUUAAUGGGUGGCAGCACAGGCUCAAGAUGGAUCAACAGAUGCCGUCUAAAACUGUAAAUCCACCUGGACCAAGGUAUUGAUUUCACAGUUUCUCAUCAGUUCAUAAGUGGAAAAGCCCCAAAUGGUUCUGGCCUUAGGGUUCAUAAGGAUACCUGAAAUAAAAAUGGGCAUGACAUGGGUCAAGCCCCAGUGUAGACUGGGUCCAAUGUUCAACCAUGUUUUCUGAAAGCUUGUGGUCUUUCUUUCCUGACAGUUGUCUGCCUCACAAUUAUAUACCUGGUAACCCACACUCUCCUCUCCCUUACUCUCUCUCUCUCUCUCUCUCUCCCCUACUUUACCAAGGCUGAGUCUGGGCUUGGGCCCUGACAUUACUGGAAUCUCCUAUUUGUUUCUUCUGUCGGCAAUCGUUAGGUGAUUUUGAGCCAAAGUAAAAUGACUUUAAUCGGAUCAUAAUAGCUCUGCAAAAUCGUAGUUUCAUUAGUCCAAAAAUAUUUUAUAAAAUCAAGGACUUCUUUGGAUUUAGUCCCUCGGUUAGCUUUUAUGAGAGAUGAACCCAGUUAGCUAUAGUUGAGUUUGGUUAAUAUUUAAGCUAAUUUGAGAACAAUAUUUUAUGCUAUUGCACCUUUUUUAUACCGGCAUCUUCCAUUUUUACUUCUUUGGCACUGUAUUUUUAUUUUUUAUUCAAUAUGGAAAAUUCUCAUCAGGAUGACAGUGGAAAGCACAUGUAUGAAGCAGGAUACGCUAAAUGGAAAAAAGAUUAAAUGAACGUGUUUUGGAUAGCCUCAGAUUGGAAAUAAAACAAGAUCGUGUGGUAUUAAUGCAUGAAUAUUAUUAUCUGAGCCGCCAUGCUGCUGGGGAUCUUUUCACUUUGGAGCGACAAGAUUAAAUAUUUUCUAGUAUUUCUAUUGAAAACCGGGAUUUGCUCACUAGCGUUUCUUCUCCUUCUGUAGGGAAGCUACGCUGUGGUCGACAGUCUUGUGGCUUUACCCUGGUGUUUAUGAGGUAUGUAGCUCCGGACCUGGCCUGGUAGAGAGAGAGAGAGAGAGAGCCAAGCCAAGCACAUUGACACCUAGCCUAGUGAGAGAAACUGCUUUAUUAUCCCAGAAACCAAGGUCUAUUUGAAUCCAAGUAUCUCUAAAAGAAAUGAUUUAUUUUGAUUUACAUUGGGCAGAUAAAGUUUAUUGUCGACGGGCAUUGGAAGAUCGAUCCACAGCGGGAGUUCGUUUCCAAGGACAACAUUGUGAACAACAUUCUCAGGGUCGACAGAGAUGAUGAUCCUGCCCACAGACAGACUCUUUAG